AUGCUCAUUCUCUGGUCGAUAUGUGAGACUCCUCCGCCCCCCUCCCACCUCCUGCUCAUCCUCGUCCGAGGCGGCGUGCCAUUUGGUGUCUACGCAAUUGUCCAGAACUUCAACUUUGCUCUCAAAUUCCAACCUCAAGCCUUCGCCUCCCUCACCUUGAUCGCAUGGGGUCAAACGCUCUACUACCACAACAAAUGGCGUGUCUGGACCGCUACUCUCGCGACCAUUGCUCUGGCUGCUAGCUUCGGUAUCAUGGAGCUCAUUCUCAUUCUCACCCUGCGUGGGCCAUAUUCCCGAGGCGUCGAAUGGCCUAUGAUGUUGAUGGCUAUUUCCGCAUCCGUCAUCCAAGUCAUCGGUCUCAUUCCUCCGUACUUUGAACUCGCGAAGAGGAACGGUCGCGUUAUCGGCAUCGACUUUUGGUUUCUAACCAUCGAUUACCUCGGCGCCUUCUUCUCCCUCAUGGCUGUUGUCGCACAACAGUGGUUCGAUGCCCUCGGCGCCAGUCUCUACAUUGCGUGCAUGGCCCUCGAAACCGGUAUCUUCGUUUCCCAGGCUAUCUGGCUGUGGCGCGUACGCCAUGUCCGCAAGGAGGCGAAGAAGGCGGGUAAGACGUACGAUGAGUAUGUCAAGGAGAACCAGGGAAAGAAGUUGCCGAGGUGUGGAAGUGAGGAGACAUUCGUUGAUGUCGAAGCGGGUGCCGGAGGCGGAGGAUGUGAGAAAAAGACAACGACGAUUGGAGGUGGGGAGUAUGAUGCGGGCAAUGAAAAAGCCGACGUGAAAGCUUCCACGACACGAGAGGAAGGUCGCGAUGCGACGAUGGCGGAUGCGACACCUACAGCGACAUCGCCAUCGACGCCGACUCCGAUAUUUGCAUCGAUGACGAGCGCGACAUCGUCCGAAACACUCCAGACACCACCGGCUGCUGUCUUGAAGUCCAGCACAUCUGGCUGA